AUGUCGAUAUUUAGUGUACAAGCGAGGAAGCACACCGCUUAUUAUGACAAUCUACUGUCAACAUCAACGUCCAGGACGCCCGGUCGAGAGCGCCUAGCAGAGCGAAAAGGAGCAGACACAACGCUGGGCAAAAGUGUGAUCACACUCGGAGAAUCUGCGUGUGAAGACAGCAGAUCAUCAGAUAAAAGCCGCCCGGUAAACAGGACAUAUGUCGUGUGUGCUCUGUCAAAAAGCGGCAGCGGGCAGCAGACUCCUAAUCGAGGCCGACUCACCCUACAAAGGCGGUCAAGGAGGAAGACGGGGGCUGAAACUGCGGAACAAACGGUGACAGACAGCAGCCAAAAUACCACAAGAGCUCCAGAGAAGAGACUGACUUUGCAGCGCAGGAACAGAACUCCCUCCAUGGACAAGAGCGGACGUGGGCAGCCUGGGGUCAGCGGUACCGGCCUGCAGUCAACUCCGAAAGUGCUCGGUGAACCUAACGGCAGGACACCUGUCUUAUUCAGGUCUAUGAGCUUAAGAGAAAGUGCCUCUAAGGGCAAAUGCAUGGAAACUGCGACCCAAGGGAGGCUGGGGCAGAGCAAGCCCUUCUCUUCUUCUUCAGGUAGAAACACAGACCAGGCCCAAACCUUUAAAACGCCUACCAGAAAGACCCCGUUUGAGAAAAUCGCCAACAAACGAGAUCUGUUUGAAAGACUGGCAGGGAAGGACGUUCCCAAGACAGUGUUAGUGAAAUCUGCAAGUCUAGAAAGGCCAAAACCCCGUGCACAGCAAGCGGAAAACACUAAACCUGUUCCGACUCCCCGGAUCAGCAAGGCAACCUCAGGUGUGCAAAGAGCUGAUGCGACCCCGCAGGUGAUGAAGACAACCACCUCAAACCAAAAAGGAGACGUGACCCAGGACAGGAUGUCCAACCCUGCACCUAGUGAACAAUUAUCGCCCCGAACCAGUGAGGGUCUGAAGCAGCAGCACUCCUUUAAGAUGGAAAACAGUGCUGUUACCGUGGCUGUCCGUGUCCGACCUUUCAGUGCCAGGGAGAAGGCAGAGAAGUCCUUGCAGGUCAUCUUCAUGAAUGGCCAGGAGACUGUUGUUCAGCAUCCAGAUUCCAAGCAGAGCUACUCCUUCACAUACGACUUCUCUUUCUGCUCAGUGGAUGCAGACGACCCCACCUUUGCCUGCCAGCAGACGGUGUAUGAGACACUGGCCAAACCUCUGCUACUGAGAGCCUUUGAAGGUUUUAACACCUGCUUGUUUGCCUAUGGCCAAACAGGUUCUGGUAAAUCAUACACGAUGAUGGGCUUUGAGGAGGAGGCAGGAGUUAUCCCAAGAUUCUGCCAGGAGCUUUUUUCUAAACUGGCCUCCAUGAAAAAUGAGGAGGUCAAAUGUCAUGUAGAAAUGAGCUACUUUGAAGUGUACAAUGAGAAGAUCCAUGACCUGCUGGUGACCAGAGAGGAGCCAAACCAGAGGAGGAUGCCUCUGAGGGUGAGAGAGCAUCCAGUCCACGGGCCUUAUGUUGCUGAGCUCUCUGCGAAUGUGGUGAGAUCUUACAGUGACAUUCAGGGCUGGCUGGAGCUCGGCAAUAAGCAGAGAGCCACAGCAGCCACAGGAAUGAAUGACAAGAGCUCCAGAUCUCACUCUGUCUUCACCUUGGUUAUGACCCAGACUAAGACUGAGCUUGUGGAAGGAGAGGAACAUGACCAUAGUAUCACCAGCAGGAUCAACCUGAUCGAUCUGGCAGGCAGCGAACGUUGUCACGCUGCCCAGACCACUGGAGACCGACUCAGGGAAGGCGCUAGCAUUAACAAAUCCCUGCUAACCCUCGGAAAGGUCAUCUCUGCCUUAUCAGAGCAAGCACUGACCAAGAAGAAAGUCUUCAUACCUUACAGAGACUCUGUCCUUACAUGGCUGUUGAAGGAGAGCCUCGGUGGUAACUCCAAGACGGCCAUGAUCGCCACGCUGAGCCCGGCGGGCACCAAUGUGGAGGAGAGCCUGAGCACCCUACGCUACGCCCAGCAAGCCCGUACAAUCAUAAAUGUAGCCAAGGUCAAUGAGGACACUAGUGCCAAGCUCAUCAGAGAGCUGAAGGCAGAGGUGGAGAAACUGCGAGCUGCACAGAUGAGCACCCAGGGCGUCGAACCAGAGAGUGUCAGGCUCUUCCAGCAGGAGAUCGCCACCUUGAAGAACAAACUCUGCCAGCAAGAGAGGGAAAUGAUUGAGGCCAAUCGGGCAUGGAGAGAGAAACUUGAGCGAGCAGAAUUUCGCAAGCGUGAGGAGACCAAAGAGUUGCAGAAAGCAGGCGUGACCUUCAAAGUGGACAACCGCCUUCCCAACCUGGUGAAUCUGAAUGAGGACCCUCAGCUGUCCGAGAUGCUUCUCUACAUGAUCAAAGAGGGUCGGACCACGGUGGGCCAGCUCAAGUCUAACUCCAGCCACGAUAUCCAGCUGACUGGAGCCCUCAUUGCUGACCAGCACUGUGUUAUAUCCAACAUACACAACACUGUCAGCAUCAUUCCCAUGGAAAAUGCCAAGACCUUUGUAAAUGGGAACCUUAUCUCUGAAUCUACUAUCUUACACCAUGGCGACAGGGUGAUUCUUGGGGGAGAUCAUUACUUUCGCUUUAAUCACCCAGCAGAGGUGCAGUCUGGGAAGCGGGUAUCCUGCUGGACAGGCGCAGGCGACGGACAUAAAGAUUUUGAAUUUGCGAAAAAUGAGCUGCUCGCAGCUCAAAGAGCACAGCUUGAGGCAGAAAUUGAAGAAGCCCAUCUAAAAGCAAAGGAGGAGAUGAUGCAAGGAAUCCAGAUGGCAAAAGAAGUGGCUCAGAAAGAGCUUUCUGACCAGAAGGUGCUUUAUGAGGAAAAGAUCCGAGCCCUGGAGAGAGAGCUGAAUGAUGAGAAUGAACGGAAGCGUCAGCAGGAGUUAGACCAGCAGAGGGUCGCCAGUCAGAUGGCAGAGCUCAGGAUGGCCAAACUGGAGUUGGAGCAGGAGGUGGACGUCCAGAGGAAACAUCUCCGUCUGCACAUGGAGACCCAGGCUAUGGAAGAGCAUCGUGUGUGCCAAGCGAGGAUUGUUGAGGCCCUGGAGGCGGAAAAGAAAAAGAUUGGCAAAGAGCUGGAGGAGAUGCAGAAGAAAAGAGCUUUAAGGGGAAACCAAGCACCACAAAAUGUCUCUCCACAGUGGGAUGCCAUGAAGUUGUCCUUGAUGAUCGAGGAAGCCAAUAAAAUCAGUGCUAAAUUGAGGAAACACACAGUCUUCAGCAGACAUGAAAGCUCGGACAAUGAAAACGAGAAGUGCGAUGGUGUGCUACAGGUGCGGGUUCAAAACACAAAGCUGGGAAUUACCACUUUCUGGAGUCUCGAAAAGUUCCAGAAUAACAUUGCUGCCAUGAGGGAGCUUGAACAGGGGGAUUCCACCUCUAAAGAUGACAAUGUGUUUUACGACCCCGAUGAUGAGUGGGAGCAAGAUAUAUCAGCCUCUUCCUCCACCGCCUCCUCUUUUUCUCGCCGAAGAAGCAGGAGUUUGCUGAAGAGCAGAAGAAUCUCAGGACGUCUCUAUGAGAUCCGGGUGCAUCCCAUUCAGAGCCUCCACAGUGGCUCCUCACAGUCUGCCGGGUUGAUUGGUGCAACCAAACCCCCCUCCGUCCACUCCAGCAUCACAGACCCUGGCAUGCCUGGCAUCUGUAAGGAGUUAGUAGGCCAAUCCCUGGCCCGUCUGCGUAGUUCUACAGGGACAGAGGAGAGCUUGGCAGAUAGGUUAAUCUCAGAUCUAAACCUGAUAUACAUGGCGGUCCAAACCAUAUCUGACCAGUACGACAGCCUGGAUGAUGACAGCCAGGAUACUGUAUUUGUGGGUAAUUUGGUGGCCCAGACUGAGCUGGUCAAGGCCACGACAGCCAUAGAGAAUGCAGUGUUGGUUACCAUGCAGUGGUUGUCCAGUGUUAAACCCUCCUCUGGUGUGCUCUACACGACUGCUGAGGAACUUAAAUGCCAAGUCAAGAAAAUGGGAGGGUUCUUCCAGAUGCUGAUUCAGGGUUGUGAAUCUGAGAUCACAUCAAUGGUGAAAGAGGCUCGGAGGAAGAGUAGUCAGUGCCUGGAUGCAGCUUUGCUUGCAGUUGGCCACAUGGCAGUGGUGACAGGCAUGCCGUUGAAUGUCAUGGGGCUGGGCACGCAGGCUACGGUCAAGCGUUCAAUGGUCACGCGUGUGCUGAAGGGAACCGAUAAGGGUGUGCGCUCCCUCUUGGAGGAAAGCCUCACCAUCACCAGGGAAAUGCAGAGAGAGGCCCAGCUGUCCGGUCCCAGAAGCCCAGUCCUGCAGAGUCUUAAAUCAAAGGCUCUUGAUUUAGCGCGUGCUCUGCAGAGCUACAUGCACUGCCAUAUUACAGAGAGAGAAAUGGAACCACAGGAGGUAGAGGAAGGGGAGGAGGAGGCCUUAAUUUCACUUUCACAGAAACUGAAGACAUCAACCAAACUGUUCCAGUUGAACCAAGCCAUUAAACAGCUGCAUUCCUCUCUGUCUACAGCCUUACAGGGAAAAGACAGAAACUCUGACCUCAGCGUCUGCAGAGAGAUGAUCUCUUCUGCCAAGGCUGCUGAAGAGCUGAUCACUGGCCUUUCCAAGGAUGGAGCAGAGGCCCCAGCCCUUCAGCUUCCCUGUCUUCAGACCGUAAAGUCCGCACGAGAUGAGCUCCACUCUACCCUGCAGUCCUUAUGCUCUCUGUGGAACCAGCAGGAGGAGGGAGAGAGCAGAAGUUUGGCCAGUUUUGAGAAGGAUACAGAAGAAGAAAGCACAACCAAAGAGAAAGCUGCCACUCACACUACUGUUAGACAUCGUGCUGUGAGCAAGAUUGUGUACUCCCUCGCUCCAGGUGUGCAGUCCAGUGGUAGCCCGCACUGGGUCUAAUGCAGGGGUGCCCAAACUCCUGGUUUCUUAAUUGGAGAGGAAGGUGAAAUGUCAAAGUGACAUUUCGCCUUCCCCUCGUGUUAAGACGGUUAAGCGAAAUGUGAAAAAAGUAACUUAAAGGGCCAAAUUGUUUGCUGUUUUUGACAUCAAUUCGCAGACAAGGAGUAGGGGGCGGGGCCGGGAGUUUGGGCAUCCCAGUCUAAUGUGUAUUUGUGGUGUUGUGUGCCGUUUCAGGACUGACUUGAAGAAAACUUCAGCAUAGCUCUCCACAAGCUGUACUCGCACAACGCGACUGCACACCAGAGCAACCUACAAGCAUAUUACUUCUGUAUAAAUGCAUCAUUAAGAGUAACUAGCUGCACAGAUAGUGUUGUUCUAUGCCAGGUCAUCACGACUUCACUGUUUUUUGCAUGAAAUGAUUCUUCUGCUGGUUUUUCUUAAUUCAGACAUUCAAAUUAAAUACUCAGGUACACUGCUUUGUAAAGGCCGUGUUUCCCCACUGAACAUGUUUCAUUUCUUGGUUGAAGACAGUUUGUUGUCUCAUACAGAUCAUUUCAUUUGUACAUUGAAUAAUUUGAAUUGAAUUGAAUACAUUGAAUUAAAUUCUCGAUACACAUAUUUUGACACAGCACACUUUUAAGUCCUUUUAGUGCUUUAUGUAUUUUUUUUUUAUGUUAAAAACAAUGCUACUUGUGAUACAGUAAUAUAUGAAUGUGGUUUGUAUUUGC